AUGAUGGCAAGAGUCCCACAUGCUGCACUGCAUAUGCUGUGGAUCUUUUUCUUUUCAUAUACAACAAAUGAAGUUAUGGUUGCAGGAUAUAUACAGGAAUUUGCAUGCUUCACUGACUAUGACAAAGAGCUGGUUUGUCACUGGAAGGUACCUGCACAAACUAAUUGCUCCAAAGAAUUCCUGCUCUACUACAGGAAGGAAUUGAUUUCUCCGACAAAUCGUGUAUGUGUCCCUGAGAAUGAAAAAGACAGUUUAAGGUGCACUUGCAUAAUAUAUCCGGAGUAUUUUGUAUCAGGCCUCACCUAUAUUUUAGCUCUACAGUUCAAUGGGACUGAUACAUGGAAUUACAGUGUUACACCAGCACUGGUUGUUAAGCCAAGGGCCCCCAAAAAUCUUGCCAUUGAGAAGGUUGAAAAUGGAAAUUUCAAUCUGAGCUGGGAGGAGAGCUACUCUUCUUCACCCAUGCUCUCUGGACAUUCAGUCAUCUAUGAAGUGAAAUACUGGAGAAAGCAGCACCCAACAGAGGUUUCUGUAAAAGCAAUUAACUACCAGGCAAAAAGCUUUGAAAUUACUGCAAGCUCCUUGAGGAGAGGCUAUGAUUACGUUGCAAGUGUAAGAUGUAACUAUAUAGAGUACCCGGCCUACUGGAGUGAAUGGAGUGAAGAAGCUGAAUUUCACUAUGAUUACCAAGUAACAGCUGAAGACAUUCUGCAGAUGGCUGUGCCCAUAUCCUGCAUACUGAUCAUGGCUGUAUCUGUCAUCUGUUACUUCUGUUUUACCAGAGUGAAGAAAGAAUGGUGGGAUCAAAUUCCAAAUCCAGCAAAAAGCCAUUUGGUCGUAAAAAAUGUCAAGUUUUCAGUUUUGUGCUACAUUGAUGAAAUUAAGUUCCCUUUCCAAGAUUUAAAGCGGAGUCAUAUGGAAAACCACAUAAGUUGCAAGGACUGUCUCUCUCAAAGUUUGUCAAGCCAAAACUUCAAGGGAAAAGAUAACAUCAGAAAUACUGAGAAAUCUUGCAGUUGCCACAGCAAGUCUGGAGAGUGGUUUCCAAAAGGCAGCGGUGCAGUUUUAACCCCUGAGACAAUUCUGGUUGAAGAGUCUAUAGAAAUCUGUGAAUGUUUAACAGACAUUGAGUCUGAGAGCCAGGAAGAGACUAGUGACCAGAUCGCCAUAUCUGAGCCCUGUGAGAGCAGUGUCAGUGCUUUCAGAGAGCACACUGAACACAAUGACGCACUAGCUAGCAUGUUUAUUGAGCUCCUGUCAGAUGAAAACAACAUGCAAGACAAUAAAGACCCAGACACCAUCACAGAUGAGAAUAAAACCUUUGAGAAACUUGAAUCAGAAAACCCAUCACAGCGAAAUCUAAAAGAAAGUGCAGCCCAGAGUCAGCAGCCACGUGAUAUUUCUCAUACAGUCUCCCUUUUCACCAAAGCCUCUCAAUAUGACUACAAUUGCAGUACAGCCAGCAAGAAGUCAGGACAAUCAGAAGAAUCCUUUGAUUCUGGGUAUCAGAGCUCCAGCAUAAAUUCUGCUUCAGUGGAUGCAAGAGAUCUUCAACAUAGAGUUCAUCAAAGCCUUUUUCCAUGUAGUUCUGAAAGUCAGCAUGACUUCUGUGUCCUGAUCCAGGAAUCUCCAAAUAAACCAUCCUUUGGGACCAAAAAAGGCAGAAUAAACAACCCUACACACGAGAGUUUUGAUACCCUUGUGCAUCCCUCCAUGGAGCUGUGUAGCUCUGCAUAUAAGAGCUGUGACACUCUUAUCUCUCCAUCCAUGGAGCCCUGUGGUUCUGCAUACAAGAGCUUUGAUAUUCUCGUGUCUGCGUUCAAGGAACCAAGUAGCUCUGCGUACAAGAGCUUUGAUACCCUUAUGUCUCAGUCUAUGGCUAACAGCAACCUGCCUCUGACAGAGUUUUCAGAGACAUCAGAACUUAGCUGCAAUGGUCAAAUUUAUCAACCCCCUAGCAAUCAGACAUGUUGCACCAACUACAGAUCUCCUUGCACUGAGCUUGAUUUUCAGAACACCUGUUCAGAACAUACUGAUUUUCCAUCAUUCUCCACACAUGCAAAUGACAGUGCUUCAGCUUUCCUACCAGAGGAGGAAAUACAUAAGCAAGUAACAUGUCAAAAUGUUCAAGAGAAAGCCAAUAUAAUUUCUUGCCCCACUGGACCUCAACCAUCUGGUUAUCAACCUUUUGAUAAUGCAGUUAAAUGCAGUGGUGCCUACUGUGACAAUGACAGUGACGUUACCUCUAGGUCACUGUAUGAUCCUUUCAUUAGCCUUUUGUACAACAACCUGGAAGAAGCAACUCCAGAUACCAUAAUCCAUGAAUGUGACCAGAGGACAGAUGACCACGUAUGUUCAAUUGUACAGGGUUUUGACUGCAGCAUUGUUCCAGGUUUAGCCUCUAGUGAGAACGUCACACAGGCCAGUGACGGCAGCCUUUGGAUAAUCAAUUCUAAUGAGCUGUCUGGUGAUAGCAAAGAUGAAAAUACCAGCAGAGAUGAACAGCUGUUGCAUUUGUUAGAGCUGAACUGUCAAGAUUUUAACAGCAGAGAAAGAACUAUAAAGCAGACAAACCCUAACAGCUUUACCU